AAAUACUGCAUAAUCUUAAUUAAAAGACCACUGGUAAUAAUUUUACAAUCGAUCAAAAGAUGAUUGGAGUGAAACUUGAAUAUAAAAAGCCUAUAAAGUGAAGGCACACUGGUAAGGCUCUGUACGGCUGCAGAGGUGGGCUGAAGGAGGUGCCUGUCUCUUCAUCACCUCCUGUUUCCUCCACUCCUCUCCGUUUCCACCUUCAGGAGUUGCAGCGGCUGGGAUCCAACCUGAAGGCAGUAUGUUUAUCUUCCUGCUCAGCCUGGUGGCUCUGCCGCCUGCAGCCUCCCACGACCCCGGCAGCGUGGCUCUGCUGACCCCGCUCGGACAGCCGUCCCUCCGCUCCGUGUGCAAACCCAUCCCGAACACCCUGUCGCUGUGUCACGGCAUCGGCUACCGGCGCAUGUGGAUCCCCAACCUGCUCGGCCACGACAGCCUGCGGGAGGUGCAGCAGCAGUCGGCGGCGUGGCUGCCCCUCGUCUCCAAGCUGUGCCACGGAGACACCAAGAAGUUCCUGUGCUCCCUGUUCGCGCCCGUCUGCCUGCCGGAGCUCAGCGGGCCCGUCAGCCCCUGCAGGGGCCUGUGCGAAGCCGUGCGGGACGGAUGCGUGCCCGUCAUGAGCGCCUUUGGCUUCCCCUGGCCAGAGAUGUUCAACUGUUCCCGGUUCCCCCACGGAACCGAACUCUGUAUCCCGGCAACCGGGGCGCGGGAGGGGCGGACUGAAGAGGAGGUCCGGCACGAGGAGGCGCUCAAGGGGAGCAUCAUUUGCGAUGUAUGCAGUCUGGCUGUAGAAGGAGAAAGUGAAAUCCAAGAAAACUUCUGCCACAGUCCAUACGCCUUGAAGAUGCGUCUGGACAGCGUGUCUACAGUGGGCCGGGACCGCCAGCUGGUGCCGCAUGCCCGCAGCCGCAUCCUCCGGUGGGCAGGCGGAGGCGCAGAGAGGGUUCAAGAAUUUGGAAGUGCGAUGGUCUAUGGCGCUCUGUGGCUGCAAGAGGGCGGCAGCUGUAUCUGUCCUGGAUUGGAUGCUGCGAGGGUAAAAGAAGACGCAGAGUCCGCUGAAGGGCAGGUGGAUGGGAAGCAAAGCAAAGAUGGAGGGAAAGUGGAGAAAGCAGCCUCUGGUGGGUGGUUCUUAUCCCUGGCUCAGGCUGAGGAGGGAAGACUGGUGCUGACUCGACUGCUGAGGUGGACCAGAGGGGAGAGAGAACUCAGGAAGUUCAUCAGAUCGCUCAUCAAAAAACCUUGCCCAGAUGUUUAAAGUGAUUGGCUCCAACCUAAUAUUUGUGCCACUGAUGUUUUCAUAACACACAACACAAACUGUGUAAGUUUAGGACUUUUAGCAUUUCCAAAAUAUUGCUGUAAAACCACAUUCACUUAAGACCAAACAGCGUCAAUAGAAAACAAUGCAAAUGUAGUCAUUUUGUCUGUUAACACCAGUUAGAGCACAUCUGCAAAAGUCACAAAGGAAAUAUAUAAAAAAAAGACAUUUUGCAUCCUUUAAACUGGAGAAGGAGGCUUUUUUUUUCUAUAAACAGGCAAAAUGGAAAAUAUAUUUUUUUGGUGAAAUGACUGUAAACUGAUGUAUUCGUAUACAUUUGCAUAAAAGCCUACAGUCUGGUUCUACUGUGA